AUGGGUGAUAAAAAAGAUCGUUGGAAUGGCGAGGUGAGAGUCGAAAGGUCAAAAAAGAAUGAAAAAUCUAUUUCUGAACCCCAGACUGAAUAUUUAGAUAUGGAUACUGAUGAAGAAGAAUUUGGAAGACAAGAAACUCCAGAGCCAGAAGGCGAAGAACCUCUCGAACCGGACAAACCAAUAUUUACUGACGAGGAACUGAAUGCGUUGGUUAAAUACGUGAAGGAUUUAACCAUUUUGCCCUCCCUAUCAGACUUCUACUGGAAUGAGGAAUGCUACACAGUAAUAAAAGAAUAUUUUCAAGAACCAAAAAAAAUUAUUCUAACUAUUUUCUUCGAUGAGAACGAAUUGAGAGCAAGUCUUGACUUUCCAGCAAAAACAAAAAAUGGAUUGACAUAUUUUUUGCGACAUCCUUGGCAAGUUUAUACAGGUGCCAAUUUCUUGUCAACUGUAAUCUUUGGAAACGUCAAUGAAAAUACUGAAAAUACUUUAUUAAAAUUCAUGGAAUGCACAUACGCACCUGUGGUUUUUAACAGCGACGAGUGGCCCUACAUCACCAAGAACGAUGUGUUUUCGACUUUCCACGAUUUUAUGAUGUUGCUUACAGAUGUUGUUUACAAACCAAAGGGACUUACUAUUUUGUAUAUACCCAGAGAAAGUUUUACAACCGAGGAACUUAAAGCACAAGACGUUGACCGAGAAGAAAGUCACGAUAAAGAAUUUAUCAAUAGACUUGAAAAAAUCACUCGUACUUGGAUUAAACAAAUCCGAGAAGCUUUAAUAGCUUUACCAAUUUUUAAAACGGAAUUAAGAGACAUAAGGGACGAAUUCGAUUAUUGGAAUCAUAAAUAUGACAAUCUCAGCUGUCUUUUGUGCCAAAUGUCCAACGAAAAUGUAACAACGAUUAUAAAAAAACUUGAGAAUUUGAGUUCGACUAGUAUAAAACAAUUUAAUCCUUUACUGGAAGAGAUCAAAAUAAAAGUGAAGGAGGCCUCUGCAAAUAUAACUUAUUUGAAUAUAUUAUUGGAAGCUUGCAAUGAAAUUCAAGAACCUGGUGAUGUAGAAAUCCACGUAUCGAAAAUUAUACUUUUAUUGAGAUUUAUACAAGCGGAAUCUCAUUUUUUUUCUGCUACGUACGAAUAUUCUUAUACCAUCACUUAUGAAUUAGUGAAAACAUUUUUAACUAGAAAACAGACACGCGCGGAAAAUAUUGAAAUUCUCUAUCAAGCGCUCAGUGUUCGUAUCAUAAAUUUCUGUAAGGAAUAUGUUGAUUUGCAAAAAUUAUUUCAAAGCAAAGCUGAUACAACAAAAAAAAUGAUCAAAACCUGCAUUUCAUCUUUCAAACAAUAUUCCGAAAUCUACGAUCAAAUCAGUGAGCAAGAAGAAAAUUGGGACGUAAAUAAAGAAAAAGUUUUCAAAAAUGUACCUGCAUUUCUAAACAGAUGCAAUGACAUUGUCGAAAUUUGCAACGCAACAGUUGUUUUCAGCGGAACACCUAUUAUGUUUGGAGGUUCAAAAGGAAAAGUAUACGACAUUUAUUAUCAAAAAUUGCAAAAUUCCUUUGCGACAAUUCUAGAAGAGAUCAAAGAGCCUUGUAUUUUGACAGCCCUUGAUAUUACUAAUAUUUCAUGGUGACAGUUUAUGAUUGAGUUCAGGCAUGCAGUUUUAGAACUAGAAAAUAUGUUGGUAAAUAUGAUCGAUGAUAUUUUUGACGAGGUGGAAAAUAUCGAUGAAGGAAUCGAGGCUUUAUAUUCACUCGAAAAGUUCAAAAAACGUCCCGAUUUAGAGAAUUUACUCAAAGACAAAUGGAUAGAGGUGUGGAAAAUAUUCAGCAGAGAAGUAAAAUCUUGCUAUUCUGUAGUGUUUCAAAAUCAAGGUUCGAAAGAAAUGAAUCCAAUUAAUGUCAAAUACUUAACGAGGCAAUAUUUAAAGAUGAUAAAUGCUUCUGAUUGGAUAGGCGAUUGUAAUAUUCAAAGGGAUAUUUUAAAAACAUACAGGGAUGUUAUACUCGCUUUAUCUACAGAACAAAAUCAAUAAAAAGACGAUUUUCCUCUUUUCAUACAAACUACAAUUUUUUAUUGGUACAUGGUAGACCCGUAUUUUCGCAAACACAUUAUCAGAGGACUAAAUUUCACGAAAGAUGGAAUAAUUUUUAAUAAAAAUAUUGAAGACAUUUUAUAAAAGAAGAGUUAACAAAUUACAUAAAUUUAAUGUCUUUUAAGAUAGUAAAAUUGUAUCUGAACAAUUUUCCAAUGUCCCAAAUUAUAGAAAAGGAAAUUAACAAGUUUUUCAGGUUCAUAAACCUUGUAUACUCUUAGAAUCCUG